AUGCCUGUCCUCAGCAAGCCUGUCGAAAACGGUCGGGGCCCCGUCCCCUACGAAGUCUUCCUUCUCGUCGUGGACACCCUCAUCGCCAAGGCCGAAGCCUGCCAGGAGUCUCUCUCUUUCUGGAUGUACUACCAGCAUCGCGUCCCCUCCAAGCUCGCCUUCAUCCUCUCUCAAGACGAAGACGAGGCCAAAAAGCAGCUGCUUUAUCCCUUGAAGACCCGCUUCCGCUCCAUCAUGCUCGCCUCCCAGGUCAACACCAAGACGCGCGCCCUCGUGCACAAAAAGUUCGUUCGCGUCCCCUCCAAGCUCGCCUUCAUCCUCUCUCAAGACGAAGACGAGGCCAAAAAGCAGCUGCUUUAUCCCUUGAAGACCCGCUUCCGCUCCAUCAUGCUCGCCUCCCAGGUCAACACCAAGACGCGCGCCCUCGUGCACAAAAAGUUCGUUCGCGUCCCACUCGCCUUGCCUUACAAUGAGACCCUCGCCCCCGUGGAGGCCUGGGUCAUCCCUCACCUCGACAAGGUCAUGGUGAUGCCCUUGAUCACCCGACUGGUGGAGCCUGAGGAUAUCGCCGGCUUCGUCCAAGCCAUCUCCAAGCCCACACCCGCAGGCCACGCCAUGCUCCAGCACGUGCAGCACCUCUACCUUCCCAGUCUGGCCUGCCUGAGCAAGAGCUACCACAACAUCAUGGGGCACUUUGCCAAGCUGCCGAACCUUCGAGACGUCUUCGUCAGCAUCGGCCGGUACAACAAGAAGCACUUCGAGGACGCUUACCUCGACAGCGGCCUGAUCAUGGUCAACCAGGACACGUUCCCCGACCUCCAGGACCUGUGGACUACCGGCACGGCCUAUUCCCUGCACGAUACGUGGCGCCCCUACGGGAAGAGAGGAAUCAAGCUCUACGGAGCCGGGAAUGCGGAUUUCGAGAAGGUGAUGGAGUUGACUCCUGAGGAAGGCGACGUUACGGUUAUUCUCUACCCCCCGGGCGAGCCUCGCCCGGCUCAGGAUGAGUCCAUUGCGGAGGAGGCGUUGGAGAUGGUUCAGUUGCUCGCGCUUUGA